AUGAAGGGGACAGACAGCUACUCCAACUCACCAUGGCAACAGGAAGGCAGCAGCGACUCCGACCCCGGCAGCGAACGACACGAUGUAGGUAAUUAUGAGAUUCUUCUCCACACACACCACCAGGAUCACAAAGGGGAUCACAGACUGCAGAGAGGACAGAAACCCCUUAUUAUAACACCACCAGGAUCACGAAGGGGAUCACAGACUGCAGAGAGGACAGAACCCCCUUAUUAUAACACCACCAGGAUCACGAAGGGGAUCGCAGACUGCAGAGAGGACAGAAACCCCUUAUUAUAACACCACCAGGAUCACAAAGGGGAUCACAGACUGCAGAGAGGACAUAAACCCCUUAUUAUAACACCACCAGGAUCAUGAAGGGGAUCACAGACUGCAGAGAGGACAGAACCCCCUUAUUAUAACACCACCAGGAUCACGAAGGGGAUCACAGACUGCAGAGAGGACAGAACCCCCUUAUUAUAACACCACCAGGAUCAUGAAGGGGAUCACAGACUGCAGAGAGGACAGAACCCCCUUAUUAUAACACCACCAGGAUCACAAAGGGGAUCACAGACUGCAGAGAGGACAGAACCCCCUAAUUAUAACACCACCAGGAUCACGAAGGGGAUCACAGACUGCAGAGAGGACAGAACCCCCUUAUUAUAACACCACCAGGAUCACGAAGGGGAUCACAGACUGCAGAGAGGACAGAACCCCCUUAUUAUAACACCACCAGGAUCAUGAAGGGAUCACAGACUGCAGAGAGGACAGAACCCCCUUAUUAUAACACCACCAGGAUCACGAAGGGGAUCACAGACUGCAGAGAGGACAGAACCCCCCUUAUUAUAACACCACCAGGAUCACGAAGGGGAUCACAGACUGCAGAGAGGACAGAACCCCCUUAUUAUAACAUCACCAGGAUCAUGAAGGGGAUCACAGACUGCAGAGAGGACAGAACCCCCUUAUUAUAACACCACCAGGAUCACGAAGGGGAUCAGAGACUGCAGAGAGGACAGAACCCCCUUAUUAUAACACCACCAGGAUCAUGAAGGGGAUCACAGACUGCAGAGAGGACAGAACCCCCUUAUUAAACACCACCAGGAUCAUAAAGGGGAUCACAGACUGCAGAGAGGAGAGAAACCCCUUAUUAUAACACCACCAGGAUCAUGAAGGGGAUCACAGACUGCAGAGAGGACAGAACCCCCUUAUUAUAACACCACCAGGAUCACAAAGGGGAUCACAGACUGCAGAGGACAGAACCCCCUAAUUAUAACACCACCAGGAUCAUGAAGGGGAUCACAGACUGCAGAGAGGACAGAACCCCCUUAUUAUAACAUCACCAGGAUCAUGAAGGGGAUCACAGACUGCAGAGAGGAGAGAACCCCCUUAUUAUAACAUCACCAGGAUCAUGAAGGGGAUCACAGACUGCAGAGAGGAGAGAAACCCCUUAUUAUAACACCACCAGGAUCAUGAAGGGGAUCACAGACUGCAGAGAGGACAGAACCCCCUUAUUAUAACACCACCAGGAUCACAAAGGGGAUCACAGACUGCAGAGGACAGAACCCCCUAAUUAUAACACCACCAGGAUCAUGAAGGGGAUCACAGACUGCAGAGAGGACAGAACCCCCUUAUUAUAACACCACCAGGAUCAUGAAGGGGAUCACAGACUGCAGAGAGGAGAGAAACCCCUUAUUAUAACACCACCAGGAUCAUGAAGGGAUCACAGACUGCAGAGAGGACAGAACCCCCUUAUUAUAACACCACCAGGAUCACAAAGGGGAUCACAGACUGCAGAGGACAGAACCCCCUAAUUAUAACACCACCAGGAUCAUGAAGGGGAUCACAGACUGCAGAGAGGACAGAACCCCCUUAUUAUAACACCACCAGGAUCACAAAGGGGAUCACAGACUGCAGAGGACAGAACCCCCUAAUUAUAACACCACCAGGAUCAUGAAGGGGAUCACAGACUGCAGAGAGGACAGAACCCCCUUAUUAUAACACCACCAGGAUCAUGAAGGGGAUCACAGACUGCAGAGAGGAGAGAAACCCCUUAUUAUAACACCACCAGGAUCAUGAAGGGGAUCACAGACUGCAGAGAGGACAGAACCCCCUUAUUAUAACACCACCAGGAUCACAAAGGGGAUCACAGACUGCAGAGGACAGAACCCCCUAAUUAUAACACCACCAGGAUCAUGAAGGGGAUCACAGACUGCAGAGAGGACAGAACCCCCUUAUUAUAACAUCACCAGGAUCAUGAAGGGGAUCACAGACUGCAGAGAGGAGAGAACCCCCUUAUUAUAACACCACCAGGAUCAUGAAGGGGAUCACAGACUGCAGAGAGGAGAGAACCCCCUUAUUAUAACACCACCAGGAUCAUGAAGGGGAUCACAGACUGCAGAGAGGAGAGAAACCACUCAUCACCAAUUAUGUACACAGAGUAUCCAUCACAUUAAGGACACCUGCUCUUUCCGUGACCAGGUGACUGACCAGGUGACUGACCAGGUGACUGACCAGGUGACUGUCCAGGUGACUGACCAGGUGACUGACCAGGUGACUGACCAGGUGACUGACCAUGUGACUGACCAGGUGACUGACCAGGUGACUGACCAGGUGACUGACCAGGUGAAAGCUAUGAUCCCUUCUUGAUGUCACCUGUUAAAUCCACUUAAAAUCAGUGUAGAUGAAUGGGAGGAGACCGGUUAAAGAAGGAUUUUUAAACCUCGAGACAAUUGAGACAUGGAUUGUGUAUGUGUGCCAUUCAGAAGGUGAAUGGGCAAGACAAAAUAUUUAAGUGCAUUUGAUCGGGGUAUGGCAGUAGGUGCCAGGCGCACCGGUUUGAGUGUGUCAAGACCUGCAACUCUACUGGGUUUUUCCACGCUCAACAGUUUCCUGUGUGUAUCAAGAAUGGUCCACCACCCAAAGGACAUCCAGCCAACUUGACACAACUGUGGAAAGCAUUGGAGUCAACAUGGGCCGGCAUCCCUGUGGAACGAUUUCGACACCUUGUAGAGUCCAUGCCCCGAUGAAUUGAGGAUGUUCUGAGGGCAAAGGGGGUGCUACUCAAUAUGAGGAAUGUGUUCCUAAUGUUUUGUACACUCAGUGUCUAUAAACCCUGGGUUGCUGAUGCUAUGUAUAGGCCAUUGAGAGGCUUUGAAGCCACAGGUCGGCCAUAUUCCCCAGUAGGAGCAGUCCUCCAUAGGAAUGAAUACAUUUCUAUAGCUUCCAAAAUAUUUUUUACAAUGGUGGGGGAUGGAGGUACGGUGAUUUCAAAACAGCACCCGCUAUCAGUCAUCUAGUGUAUAAAUAAAAUCAGUGGUAGUAACCCGUUACAUGUACCUAAGUCAAUUUUUGUAGGAACUAGUACUGUUCCAGUUACUCUCUGUGGGCCGUACUGUCUGGAGGAACUAGUACUGUUCUAGUUACUCUCUGUGGGCUCUACUGUCUGGAGGAACUAGUACUGUUCUAGUUACUCUCUGUGGGCUGUAUUGUCUGGAGGAACUAGUACUGUUCUAGUUACUCUCUGUGGGCUGUACUGUCUGGAGGAACUAGUACUGUUCUAGUUACUCUCUGUGGGCUGUACUGUCUGGAGGAACUAGUACUGUUUCUAGUUACUCUCUGUGGGCUGUACUGUCUGGAGGAACUAGUACUGUUCUAGUUACUCUCUGUGGGCUGUACUGUCUGGAGGAACUAGUACUGUUCUAGUUACUCUCUGUGGGCUGUACUGUCUGGAGGAACUAGUACUGUUCUAGUUACUCUCUGUGGGCUGUACUGUCUGGAGGAACUAGUACUGUUCUAGUUACUCUCUGUGGGCUGUACUGUCUGGAGGAACUAGUACUGUUCUAGUUACUCUCUGUGGGCUGUACUGUCUGGAGGAACUAGUACUUGUUCUAGUUACUCUCUGUGGGCUGUUACUGUCUGGAGGAACUAGUACUGUUCUAGUUACUCUCUGUGGGCUGUACUGGUCUGGAGGAACUAGUACUGUUCUAGUUACUCUCUGGGGGCUGUACUGUCGGAGGAACUAGUACUGUUCUAGUUACUCUCUGUGGGCUGUACUGUCUGGAGGAACUAGUACUGUUUAGUUACUCUCUGUGGGCUUACUGUCUGGAGGAAACUAGUACUGUUCUAGUUACUCUCUGUGGGCUGUACUGUCUGGAGGAAACUAGUACUGUUCUAGUUACUCUCUGUGGGCUGUACUGUCUGGAGGAACUAGUACUGUUCUAGUUACUCUCUGUGGGCUGUACUGUCUGGAGGAACUAGUACUGUUUCUAGUUACUCUCUGUGGGCUGUACUGUCUGGAGGAACUAGUACGGUUCUAGUUACUCUCUGUGGGCCUUGUGUUUACUGUUCUGGAGGAAACUAGUACUGUUCUAGUUACUCUCUGUGGGGCCGUACUGUCAGGAGGAACUAGUACUGUUCUAGUUACUCUCUGUGGGCUGUACUGUCUGGAGGAACUAGUACUGUUCUAGUUACUCUCUGUGGGCUGUACUGUCUGGAGGAAACUAGUACUGUUCUAGUUACUCUCUGUGGGGCCGUACUGUCGGAGGACUAGUACUUUCUAGUUACUCUCUGUGGGCUGUACUGUCUGGAGAACUAGUACUGUUCUAGUUACUCUCUGUGGGCUUGUACUGUCUGGAGGAACUAGUACUGUUCUAGUUACUCUCUGUGGGCUGUACUGUCUGGAGGAACUAGUACUGUUCUAGUUACUCUCUGUGGGCUGUACGGUCUGGAGGAACUAGUACUGUGUCUAGUUACUCUCUGUGGGCCGUACUGUCAGGAGGAACUAGUACUGUUCUAGUUACUCUCUGUGGGCCUGUACUGUCUGGAGGAACUAGUACUGUUCUAGUUACUCUCUGUGGGCUGUACUGUCUGGAGGAACUAGUACUGUUUCUAGUUACUCUCUGUUGGGCCGUACUGUCAGGAGGAACUAGUACUGUUCUAGUUACUCUCUGUGGGCUGUACUGUCUGGAGGAACUAGUACUGUUCUAGUUACUCUCUGUGGGCUGUACUGUCUGGAGGAACUAGUACUGUUCUAGUUACUCUCUGUGGGCUGUACUGUCUGGAGGAACUAGUACUGUUCUAGUUACUCUCUGUGGGCCGUACUGUCUGGAGGAACUAGUACUGUUCUAGUUACUCUCUGUGGGCUGUACUGUCUGGAGGAACUAGUACUGUUCUAGUUACUCUCUGUGGGCCGUACUGUCUGGAGGAACUAGUACUGUUCUAGUUACUCUCUGUGGGCCGUACUGUCUGGAGGAACUAGUACUGUUCUAGUUACUCUCUGUGGGCCGUACUGUCUGGAGGAACUAGUACUGUUCUAGUUACUCUCUGUGGGCUGUACUGUCUGGAGGAACUAGCCUCAGAAAUUACAGCCCAAAUAAAUGCUUCACAUAGUUCAAGUAAAAGACACCUCUCAACAUCAACUGUUCAGAGGAGACUGUGUGAAUCAGGCCUUCAUGGUCGAAUUGCUGCACAGAAACCACUACUAAAAAGACACCAAUAAGAAGAAGAGACUUGCUUGGGCCAAGAAACACGAGCAAUGGACAUUAGACCGGUGGAAAUGUGUCCUUUGGUCUGGAGUCCAAAUUUGAGAUUUUUGGUACAAACGCCGUGGCUUUGCGAGACGUGGUGUGGAUGAACGGAUGAUCUCCGCAUGUGUAGUUCCCACCAUCAAGCAUAGAGGAGGAGGUGUUAUGGCGUGGGGGUGCUUUACUGGUGACACUGUCUGUGAUUUAUUUAGAAUUCAAGGCACACUUAACCAGCAUGGCUACCACAGCAUUCUGCAGCGAUAUGUCAUCCCAUCUGGUUUGGGCUUAGUGGGACUAUCAUUUGUUUUCCAACAGGACAAUGACCCAACACACCUCCAGGCUGUGUAAGGGCUAUUUUACCAAAAAGGAGAGUGAUGGAGUGCUGCAUCAGAUGACCUGCCCUCCACAAUCCCCCGACCUCAACCCAAUUGUGAUGGUUUGGGAUGAGUCGGACCGCAGAGUAAAGGAAAAGCAGCUAACAAGUGCUCAGCAUAUGUGGGAACUCCUUCAAGACUGUUGGAAAAGCAUUCCAGGUGAAGCUGGUUGAGAGAAUGCCAAGAGUGUGCAAAGCUGUCAUCCAUGCAAAGGGUGGCUAUUUGAAGAAUCUCAAAUAUAAAAUAUACUUUUUUGGUUACUGCACGAUUCCAUAUGUGUUAUUUCAUAGUUUUGAUGUCUUCACUAUUAUUCUACAAUGUAGAAAAUAGUACAAAUAAAGAAAAACCCUUGAAUGAGUAGGUGUGUCCAACGUUUUGACUGGUACUGUAUUUAUAUUACUACAGUAUAUCGUCACUGUCAGAUGAAAACCUUGUCACUGUAAACGCGAUAUCUUCACUAUUAUUCUACAAUGUGGUGACACUGAAGUUGCCUUCAGUGUCACCACAUCCGAGGCCCUGGCCCAAUAAAGCAUGUCUCCAUGGGCUAAGGCGUGUGUGUGUGAUCAUUCUGAGGGUCUGCUAAGUCUUACAGAGGUGCCGAUGUACACGGCUGUCUUCUUGCCAAACUUGGUGAGGAACCACUGCCAGAAGGGGAUGGUGAGCAUCGCUGCGAGCUGGAGAGAAAAGAAGAGAGAGAGUUUAGUUUAGUCAAUACUUAAUAUAGAAAUGGUUUUGUUUGCUAUAGUUUAGUAUGCAUGUUUUUGUUGCUUUUUUUUUCUGCAAUGACCUGGCCAGGGUUCCAGUCCGUUUCUACUUUAGCCAACGCGUAAAGAGAAGGGCUGAGUCUGAAAUGAAACCCUAUUCCCUGUGUGGUGCACUACUUUUGAACAGGGAACAUAUGGAUUAUAUAAGGAAUAGGGUGCCAUUCUCUGGUCUAAAGUAGUGCACUAUAUAGGGAAUAGGGUGCCAUUCUCUGGUCUAAAGUAGUGCACUAUAUAGGGAAUAGGGUGCCAUUCUCUGGUCUAAAGUAGUGCACUAUAUAAGGAAUAGGGUGCCAUUCUCUGGUCUAAAGUAGUGCACUAUAUAGGGAAUAGGGUGCCAUUCUCUGGUCUAAAGUAGUGCACUAUAUAGGGAAUAGGGUGCCAUUCUCUGGUCUAAAGUAGUGCACUAUAUAGGGAAUAGGGUGCCAUUCUCUGGUCUAAAGUAGUGCACUAUAUAGGGAAUAGGGUGCCAUUCUCUGGUCUAAAGUAGUGCACUAUAUAGGGAAUAGGGUGCCAUUCUCUGGUCUAAAGUAGUGCACUAUAUAGGGAAUAGGGUACCAUUCUCUGGUCUAAAGUAGUGCACUAUAUAGGGAAUAGGGUGCCAUUUGGGAUGCAGACGUUAUGUAAUGUUCAGUCUCUGGAACGCAUUAUGUGGCAGGACUGCAGAAACUGUCUGGUUUGUGUUUGGGAUUUACCAGCCUUCCUAAAUGAAGUCAUUCUCAACCUCUCUAAUGCCCGAUGACUCAAUCUGAAUUAUUCCGCUGAUCUACGUUCACUACAGACACCACCACCUUCCGGAGACAUUUGAAACCCCACCUCUUUAAGGAAUACCUGGGAUAGGAUAAAGUAAUCCUUCUGGAUAAGAGCGUCUGCUAAAUGACGUAAAAUGUAAAACGUUGAAGUUGUUUUACGUUGACUUCAAAAUGAGUGUUGUUGUAGCUACAAAACAAAGUCAUCAGCGAUUGGAUCAUCUGUAACCAAAUCGGUAUCAAAGCCAAUGGGCACGGAGUAGCGUUUCACCGGGUAGUCAGGCAACCUAUCACAACACAGCAGCGGUAAUACAGCAGCAAUUACAGGAUGCUUCAUAAAACAUUCCAGUGGACGUUAAUAGGGACUUUAUUGCAUCACCAUCUGACCCUAGAUAGCCUGGGAUAGAUCAGAUUGACCUCUGACUUUAUGGUUUACAUUUUAGUCAUUUAGCAGACGCUCUUAUCCAGAGCGACUUACAGUUAGUGAGUGCAUACAUUAUAUAUAUAUUUUUUUUCAUACUGCCCCCCCCGUGGGAAUCGAACCCACAACCCUGGCGUUGCAAACGCCAUGCUCUACCAACAAAUCCGCUGCCGGCCAUUCCCUCCCCUACCCUGGACGACGCUGGGCCAAUUGUGCGCCGCCCCAUGGGUCUCCCGGUCGCGGCCGGCUACGACAGAGCCUGGAUUCGAACCAGGAUCUCUAGUGGCACAGCUAGCACUGCGAUGCAGUGCCUUAGACCACUGCGCCACCAGAACGGCUGCCGCUUGAUAAAGCGGAAUAUCUCGGGUGCCCCGUGAAAAAAGCUCUGCAGGUUGUUAGAGAAAAAGUCACAAUGUAGAACUGGCACCAGCACAGGAUUCAGCGUUGUGUCUUUCCCCUUCAUGGGGCUCUUCAGGGCCGAUUCUCCCAUGCUGCAAUGUCAAAGUCUGAUGCAUUUUUGCACCUUACACAGUGUGGGUUUAGCCAAUAAAAAGGUCAAACAUUGACCCCUAUGGGCGCCACUGGGAUGGCAGUAGUUUUCCUUAUUUUUGGAUGCAUUUGUAUAUGAUUAAUUUAACAUUGUGUGUGUUGUAGGCGUUAAUACUGCAAAGGAAGUACUGAGCAUAGAGGUACAUUUCCCUAAACCUGCUCUAAUAAAUCCAGCAAUCUCAGGCAUCUGAGUAAUUUCACUUUGUCUGUCUGUGUCAUCUUUCUGGUGCAUCAUCUUUCUGGUGCAUCAUCUUUCUGGUGCAUCAUCAUCUUUCUGGUGCAUCAUCUUUCUAGUGCAUUAUCUGUGUGUGGACUGCAUCUGCUAAACAUCUUCACAAUGCUUGUUCUGCUUCCUGGCAAUACCACAUCAAGGUAAUCUGGCAAUACCAUAUCAAGGUAAUCUGGCAAUACCACAUCAAGGUAAUGUGCAUCUGCUUUCGCCUGAACUGUCUGCACCCCACUGCCUGUCAAGUCUCUCUCCUUCCAGCAUCAAAACAUUUGCAUAGUCUACAAAAAUUAUUUCUGUGUGAAUAGACCAUGUCCUUAACACAAUAGCAGGGUUCGUACAGACAGUGGCAAGUCAAAUUCAAGGUGUUUCAAGUACUUUUUCAAGCACUAAUAUUUAUUUUCAACGACCAUCAAAUUUGUAAUAGUUCCUAUUAUGCAAUUGUUUCUAGUCGCCACCAGAUGGCAGUACAUCACCACAACCUCAAAACGACUAACUUACAAUUCAUCACUACCUUACAAGUUCUACUCAAUAAUAUGUUGAUUCACUACUGAUUUAAUAUAUCCAUGAGUGGUAAGUCAGGACUGAUGAUGUCGUUUGAGUAGCGAUGAGCAGAGUUUGGGGACGUGCCUACUGGUGAAAAAUAUUUCCUAUUCUCGUUACUACACAAUUCCAGCUUAAUGACUGUAUUGUAUUUUUAUUGGGCAUUUGGGAAUCUACUACUUAAUAGCUACGAAAAAGGGUCUUGCUUCCGACUGGCAGCUUCAGUGUCGCCAGUUGACUCCUCGGUUCCUCGGUCCUUCCUCUGACUUGGGGACAUGGUCUCGUUUGUCUAAACCCCCCCCCUCGGUCCUUCCUCUGCCUUGGGGACAAGGUCUCGUUGUCUAAACCCCCCCCUCGGUCCUUCCUCUGCCUUGGGGACAAGGUCUAGUUUGUCUAACCAUAACUCUAACUCCUAAAAGUAAUUCUACUAGAAACCAGGACUAAAAUCUUACAUAAAGGAAAGGAUAUUAACACAGUAAUCUUUUCCCUUUUAUUUAUUGAAUUAGCACGAAGACUAGUGGGUGAGUUUCCCCUAGUUCACAGUAAAGUCCUGUGUCUGACUGCCACACUCACUAAUUACAUUCCCGUUAGGAUUGAAAGAGUUCAUGAAGUCCUUUAAAUCAAUAUGACUGAGGAGAGGGAUGAAGGUAUGUCAGCAACGCUAGUUCCCCCAUUUACUGUAUAUUUAUAAGAGCGAAAGGGGCAUCCGAGUCUUUACAGCAGUGGUAAAUGUCUGUGGGAACAGGCUGGUAUUCAGACCAGGCCAGUGAAUGUGAUCACAGGUCAAAGUAAUGAGCAGCUACAGGUCACUGGCUACCAGAGAGACUGACUUGGCAACAACCUGAGAGAGGCAGCUGUUUUGUAUAGAAAACCUCCUGAGAGAGAGAGAGAGAGAGAGAGAGAGAGAGAGAGAGGCCUGUGUUUUGAAUAGAAAACCCAUCCCUGCAGGAGAGAGAGAGAGAGAGAGAAGGAGAUAUAGGAAUGACGAGAUCAGAUACGGCAGGACAGAGAGCUUAUAUAUCUGCUCUAUCUUCUCUCGAGAUCUGCCUCUCUAUACAUACCUUAUCGAUCCCCUAUCCCUGAUCAGUACAUAUCGUAUAUCAUAUAUAUAUACAAUAUAUUCCCCCUUUUCCUUUUUAUAUAAACCCAAACACCCUCCUGAACCUGUUCUCUAGUUGUUCGUCAAGGUUACACUAUCAAUAGAGGUCAGUAAGUGACGUAGGAAGAGUGUCAAUCUGGCUGUAUCAAAUAUAUAAACGGACAAGGUCAUUCACACUGUGUGUGUCCUCACCAUGAUGACCAGUAGAAUGUUCUGGAAGUCGUUCCUGAAGCCCGAGUGUAAGCACCAAAGCAAUGCAGAACCAGAGCAAGUUCCCUUCCAGGAGCUGAGAGAGAAGAAACCCAGACACGCUCAGUUAGACCCUACACACAUACACCUCACACCGCUGGCUGGAGACUCUAAACAUUAAUACGAGGAGCGGCGUACCCCAGAAACCAUAUAAAUAAAACACACCACACACAGAAGGAGCAGAGCUGACUGGCGGCAGACAGCCUAUCCAAGCAUUAGAGUAUAUUGAAUGUUAGCUUUAUGGUUGGGCUGACUUUACUGUGGAUGAGAUGAUGGUCACAGACUAGGAUAUUAUUAUUACUAUACACCAGAUGACUUUUAUAUAAGACGCAUGUCCGUUUUCUACCAUUAAGUGGAUACCAAUGGUGCUGUGAACAGUCUUUGGUGUAUGUGUGAGUGAUAGCUGGCAUGUGUGGAUAUAAAACCUUUGUGUGUAAUAUGAAUCACUGAUCAAUCAAUCAAAUGCAUGCGUAUGUAUGUAACGCAAAAAAAGUUGUAUCCUGAGUGAUUUGGGGUGGUGGAGUGAUGAGUGAGUGGUGAGUAGUGAGCUUGAAAUUUAGAACUUGAGGUGAAAAACAUAGUAUUGCACCUCUUAAAAUUGUGGAGGGGGCUACUUCCCCCACACCCGUUGCUGAGGGGUGUAAAAAAAAUCAUCCAUCAAUCUCCAUAAAAAAUAAAUAAAUAAGAGAGACAGAUGGAAAGGGGGGAAGUGCGAAGAGAAAGGGGGGCGAGAGAGGAAGGGGGCGGAGAAAAGAAGGGGGGGGGGAGAAAAAGGGGGGGGGGAAGAGAAAAGGGAGAAUUUGAGGGCAAGAAAAGGCGAGGAGAGGGUUUUUUUGGUUUUGAUUUUUUUUGGGCGGGAAGGGAAAGUUAAAAAAGGGUUUCAAAAAUUUUCCCCCAAAAGGGGUUUUUUUUUUUUUUUUUGGGGGGGAGGGCAAUCCAAAACAAGGGGAAAACUUAAUAUUUCAAAAAAAAAUUUUUAAAAGGGUAAGGGGGGGGAAAAAUUUUUUGGGCGCAAGAAAAUUUCUUUAAAAAUUUUAAUAAAACCCUAAUUUUUUUUUAAAAUUUUCCCCCUUUUUUGCUUUUUCCCCCCAAAAAUUUUUUUUUCUCUUUUUUUUUCUAAAAACCCCCCCCCAAAAAUUUAAAAAUAAUCAAAAAAAGGGGCCUAAGAAAAAAAAAAAAAUUUUCCAAAAAAGGGCAAAAAAUUUUUUCCCCCCCCCCUUUAAAAAAUUUUUUAAAAACCCAAAAUUUUACAAAAAUUUUUUUUUCCCUUUUUAAACCCGUUUUUAAAAAUUUUUUUAAAAAAUUUUUUUUAAAAAGCCCCCCUCUUUUUUUUCCCCCCAAAAAAAUUUUUUUUGUUUUUCUGGUUUUUGUCCCCUCGUUUUUCCUUUUGCCCCUGCCCCGCUGUCCCUUUUUUUGGUGGUUUUUUUUUGAACAGUAAAGAGGAAAAAAAAUGUUUUCAAUGAUUUGCAUUUUAAUGAGGAAAUAAUGGCUAGGCCACUCCAGGACCUUAAUUGGCUUCUUCUUGAGCCACUCCUGUUGUUGCCUUGGCCGUGUGUUUUGGGUCAUUGCCAUGCUGGAAUACCCAUCCACGACCCAUUUUCAAUGCCCUGGCUGAGGGAAGGAGGUUCUCACCCAAGAUUUGACGGUACAAUGGCCCCGUCCAUCGUCCCUUUGAUGCGGUGAAGUUGUCCUGUUCCCUUAGCAGAAAAACACCCCCAAAGCAUAAUGUUUCCACCUCCAUGUUUGAUGGUGGGGAUGGUGUUCUUGGGGUCAUAGGCAGCAUUCCUCCUCCUCCAAACACGGCGAGUUGAGUUGAUGCCAAAGAGCUCGAUUUUGGUCUCAUCUGACCACAACACUUUCACCCAGUUCUCCUCUGAAUCAUUCAGAUGUUCAUUGGCAAACUUCAGAUGGCCCUGUAUAUGUGCUUUCUUGAGCAGGGGGACCUUGCGGGCGCUGCAGGAUUUCAGUCCUUCACGGCGUAGUGUGUUACCAAUUGUUUUCUUGGUGACUAUGGUCCCAGCUGCCUUGAGAUCAUUGACAAGAUCCUCCCGUGUAGUUCUGGGCUGAUUCCUCACCGUUCUCAUGAUCAUUGCAACUCCACGAGGUGAGAUCUUGCAUGGAGCCCCAGGCCAAGGGAGAUUGACAGUUAUUUUGUGUUUCUUCCAUUUGCGAAUAAUCACACCAACUGUUGUCACCUUCUCACCAAGCUGCUUGGCGAUGGUCUUGUAGCCCAUUCCAGCCUUGUGUAGGUCUACAAUCUUGUCCCUGACAUCCUUGGAGAGCUCUUUGGUCUUGGCCAUGGUGGAGAGUUUGGAAUCUGAUUGAUUGAUCGCUUCUGUGGACAGGUGUCUUUUAUACAGGUAACAAACUGAGAUUAGGAGCACUCCCUUUAAGAGUGUGCUCCUAAUCUCAGCUCGUUACCUGUAUAAAAGACACCUGGGAGCCAGAAAUCUUUCUGAUUGAGAGGGGGUCAAAUACUUAUUUCCCUCAUUAAAAUGCAAAUCAAUGUAUACAAUUUUUGACAUGCGUUUUUCUGGAUUUUUUUGUUGUUAUUCUGUCUCUCACUGUUCAAAUAAACCUACCAUUAAAAUUAUAGACUGAUCAUUUCUUUGUCAGUGGGCAAAAGUACAAAAUCAGCAGGGGAUCAAAGACAUUAUGACAUUUGAAAUGUCUUUAUUCUUUUGAAACUUCUGAGUGUAAUGUUUACUGUUAAUAUUUAUUGUUGAUUUCACUUUUGUUUACUAUCUACUUCAAUUGCUUUGGCAAUGUUAACACACGUUUCCCAUGCCAAUAAAGCCCUUAAAUUGAAAUUGAAAUUGAAAUUGAAAGCGAGGGGGAGAGAGAGAGAGUGUGAGUGAGAGUGAGAGUGAGAGUGAGAGUGAGAGUGAGAGAGAGAGAGAGAGAGUGAGAGUAUGAGAGAGAGAGAGAGAGAGAGAGAGAGAGAGAGAGAGAGAGAGAGAGAGAGAGAGAGCGCGAGGGGGAGAGUGAGAGAUAGUCACCAUGAAAGCCAGUGAGGUGAACAGGAAGCCCAUGACCAGCUUGACGUAAGGUCCAUGGCCCAUCACCAGUCUGAUACCCUGCCAGAACGACAUGAGCUCUGACCGGGGGGGGCGAGACGACUCUGGAGGGGGGAGGGAGAUCAUGUUGUAAUCAAAGUUAACCUACAUGUCAAAUGUGUUUCAACUUUAUGAUACCCCUCCAUCUCAUGAGGGUGAGAGUUGAUUAUAAUUAUGAUAAUAAAUUAUAUAAUCUAAAAUAUAAUAUAUCAUUAAAACAAACACUAGGAGAAUAAGAUCUAGGAGGAUGAAUGACUGACGGUAUAUAAUAACUCUUCAGUUCUUUCAGAACUUCUCUUAACGUAGGUCACUCAGCAGUUGACAAGUACGUUUCUAAACCCUAACAGAUAACCUGUUAGAGCAGGACUGCCCAACCCUGUUCCUGGAGAGCCACCGUCCUGUAGGCUUUUGCUCCAACCCUAAUCUAGCGCACCUAAAUUCUAAUAAUUAGCAGGUUGAUAAGCUGAAUCAGGUUAGUAACACCUGGGGUUGGAGCGAAAACCUACACGAGGGUAGCUCUCCAGGAACAGGGCUGGGCAGUCCUGUUUUAGAGCAUCAAGCCACAACGGUCACAGCCCAUCAGGCCAUUGUCACGAUACAGCGUCAUCACAACCCCACUGUAGAUCUCAAUAACAUCCACUUCACACGAGGGAGUGUGCGCUUGUUUAGUAGGACUGUCAACUCAUCAUUAUCCAAUAGGUACGUGGAACGUUAAUGACCCGAAAGUUAAUACAUAAUAUCAACAGGGGGUUUUGUUGAUUUGAGAUAAAUGCUUUACCUUUCCUCUCCUUGACUCCGAGGAACAGUACCAUGGCACAGAGCACGUAGAUGGAGCAGAUGGCACCGGAGGCUAUCAUGUAGGCCGCUUUCUGUGACAGUGGAGAGGAACAGCAGCUUUAGUGGACUGUAUUAACAGUAGUAGUAAAAACAUACAAAACAACACCCAAAAGACGAGCUAUGAACAGAGAACAGCCGAUAGGAGGGAGGGACAGCAGGUUAUUAGACUAUAGAACAGUAAACAGAGAGAACAGCCGAUAGGAGGGAGGGACAGUAGGUUAUUAGACUAUAGAACAGUAAACAGAGAGAACAGCCGAUAGGAGGGAGGGACAGUAGGUUAUUAGACUAUAGAACAGUAAACAGAGAGAACAGCCGAUAGGAGGGAGGGACAGUAGGUUAUUAGACUAUAGAACAGUAAACAGAGAACAGCUGAUAGGAGGGAGGGACAGUAGGUUAUUAGACUAUAGAACAGUACACAGAGAGAACAGCCGAUAGGAGGGAGGGACAGGAGGUUAUUAGACUAUAGAACAGUAAACAGAGAGAACAGCCGAUAGGAGGGAGGGACAGUAGGUUAUUAGACUAUAGAACAGUAAACAGAGAGAACAGCCGAUUGGAGGGAGGGACAGUAGGUUAUUAGACUAUAGAACAGUAAACAGAGAGAACAGCCGAUAGGAGGGAGGGACAGUAGGUUAUUAGACUAUAGAACAGUAAACAGAGAGAACAGCCGAUAGGAGGGAGGGACAGUAGGUUAUUAGACUAUAGAACAGUAAACAGAGAGAACAGCCGAUAGGAGGGAGGGACAGCAGGUUAUUAGUCUAUAGAACAGUAAACAGAGAGAACAGCCGAUAGGAGGGAGGGACAGUAGGUUAUUAGACUAUAGAACAGUAAACAGAGAACAGCCGAUAGGAGGGAGGGACAGUAGGUUAUUAGACUAUAGAACAGUAAACAGAGAGAACAGCCGAUAGGAGGGAGGGACAGCAGGUUAUUAGACUAUAGAACAGUAAACAGAGAGAACAGCCGAUAGGAGGGAGGGACAGUAGGUUAUUAGACUAUAGAACAGUAAACAGAGAACAGCCGAUAGGAGGGAGGGACAGUAGGUUAUUAGACUAUAGAACAGUAAACAGAGAGAACAGCCGAUAGGAGGGAGGGACAGUAGGUUAUUAGACUAUAGAACAGUAAACAGAGAGAACAGCCGAUAGGAGGGAGGGACAGUAGGUUAUUAGACUAUAGAACAGUAAACAGAGAGAACAGCCGAUUGGAGGGAGGGACAGUAGGUUAUUAGACUAUAGAACAGUAAACAGAGAACAGCCGAUAGGAGGGAGGGACAGUAGGUUAUUAGACUAUAGAACAGUAAACAGAGAAUAGCCAAUAGGAGGGAGGGACAGCAGGUUAUUAGACUAUAGAACAGUAAACAGAGAGAACAGCCGAUAGGAGGGAGGGACAGUAGGUUAUUAGACUAUAGAACAGUAAACAGAGAGAACAGCCGAUAGGAGGGAGGGACAGUAGGUUAUUAGACUAUAGAACAGUAAACAGAGAACAGCCGAUAGGAGGGAGGGACAGUAGGUUAUUAGAUUAUAGAACAGUAAACAGAGAGAACAGCCGAUAGGAGGGAGGGACAGUAGGUUAUUAGACUAUAGAACAGUAAACAGAGAGAACAGCCGAUAGGAGGGAGGGACAGUAGGUUAUUAUACUAUAGAACAGUAAACAGAGAACAGCCGAUAGGAGGGAGGGACAGUAGGUUAUUAGACUAUAGAACAGUAAACAGAGAACAGCCGAUAGGAGGGAGGGACAGUAGGUUAUUAGACUAUAGAACAGUAAACAGAGAACAGCCGAUAGGAGGGAGGGACAGUAGGUUAUUAGACUAUAGAACAGUAAACAGAGAGAACAGCCGAUAGGAGGGAGGGACAGUAGGUUAUUAGACUAUAGAACAGUAAACAGAGAGAACAGCCGAUAGGAGGGAGGGACAGUAGGUUAUUAGACUAUAGAACAGUAAACAGAAAACAGCCGAUAGGAGGGAGGGACAGCAGGUUAUUAGACUAUAGAACAGUAAACAGAGAACAGCCGAUAGGAGGGAGGGACAGCAGGUUAUUAGACUAUAGAACAGUAAACAGAGAACAGCCGAUAGGAGGGAGGGACAGUAGGUAUUAGACUAUAGAACCGUAAACAGAGAGAACAGCCGAUAGGAGGGAGGGACAGUAGGUUAUUAGAUUAUAGAACAGUAAACAGAGAGAACAGCCGAUAGGAGGGAGGGACAGCAGGUUAUUAGACUAUAGAACAGUAAACAGAGAACAGCCGAUAGGAGGGAGGGACAGUAGGUUAUUAGACUAUAGAACAGUAAACAGAGAGAACAGCCGAUAGAGGGAGGGACAGUAGGUUAUUAGAUUAUAGAACAUAAACAGAGAACAGCCGAUAGGAGGGAGGGACAGUAGGUUAUUAGACUAUAGAACAGUAAACAGAGAGAACAGCCGAUAGGAGGGAGGGACAGUAGGUUAUUAGAUUAUAGAACAGUAAACAGAGAACAGCCGAUAGGAGGGAGGGACAGUAGGUUAUUAGACUAUAGAACAGUAAACAGAGAACAGCCGAUAGGAGGGAGGGACAGUAGGUUAUUAGACUAUAGAACAGUAAACAGAGAACAGCCGAUAGGAGGGAGGGACAGUAGGUUAUUAGACUAUAGAACAGUAAACAGAGAACAGCCGAUAGGAGGGAGGGACAGUAGGUUAUUAGACUAUAGAACAGUAAACAGAGAGAACAGCCGAUAGGAGGGAGGGACAGUAGGUUAUUAGACUAUAGAACAGUAAACAGAGAGAACAGCCGAUAGGAGGGAGGGACAGCAGGUUAUUAGAUUAUAGAACAGUAAACAGAGAGAACAGCCGAUAGGAGGGAGGGACAGUAGGUUAUUAGAUUAUAGAACAGUAAACAGAGAACAGCCGAUAGGAGGGAGGGACAGUAGGUUAUUAGACUAUAGAACAGUAAACAGAGAGAACAGCCGAUAGGAGGGAGGGACAGUAGGUUAUUAGAUUAUAGAACAGUAAACAGAGAACAGCCGAUAGGAGGGAGGGACAGCAGGUUAUUAGACUAUAGAACAGUAAACAGAGAGAACAGCCGAUAGGAGGGAGGGACAGUAGGUUAUUAGACUAUAGAACAGUAAACAGAGAGAACAGCCGAUAGGAGGGAGGGACAGCAGGUUAUUAGACUAUAGAACAGUAAACAGAGAACAGCCGUUAGGAGGGAGGGACAGCAGGUUAUUAGACUAUAGAACAGUAAACAGAGAGAACAGCCGAUAGGAGGGAGGGACAGUAGGUUAUUAGAAUAUAGAACAGUAAACAGAGAACAGCCGAUAGGAGGGAGGGACAGUAGGUUAUUAGACUAUAGAACAGUAAAACAGAGAGAACAGCCGAUAGGAGGGAGGGACAGUAGGUUAUUAGAUUAUAGAACAGUAACAGAGAACAGCCGAUAGGAGGGAGGGACAGUAGGUUAUUAGACUAUAGAACAGUAAACAGAGAGAACAGCCGAUAGGAGGGAGGGACAGUAGGUUAUUAGACUAUAGAACAGUAAACAGAGAGAACAGCCGAUAGGAGGGAGGGACAGCAGGUUAUUAGACUAUAGAACAGUAAACAGAGAACAGCCGAUAGGAGGGAGGGACAGCAGGUUAUUAGACUAUAGAACAGUAAACAGAGAGAACAGCCGAUAGGAGCGAGGGACAGUAGGUUAUUAGACUAUAGAACAGUAAACAGAGAACAGCCGAUAGGAGGGAGGGACAGCAGGUUAUUAGACUAUAGAACAGUAAACAGAGAGAACAGCCGAUAGGAGGGAGGGACAGUAGGUUAUUAGACUAUAGAACAGUAAACAGAGAGAACAGCCGAUAGGAGGGAGGGACAGUAGGUUAUUAGACUAUAGAACAGUAAACAGAGAGAACAGCCGAUAGGAGGGAGGGACAGUAGGUCAUUAGACUAUAGAACAGUAAACAGAGAACAGCCGAUAGGAGGGAGGGACAGUAGUUUAUUAGACUAUAGAACAGUAAACAGAGAGAACAGCCGAUAGGAGGGAGGGACAGUAGGUUAUUAGACUAUAGAACAGUAAACAGAGAACAGCCGAUAGGAGGGAGGGACAGCAGGUUAUUAGACUAUAGAACAGUAAACAGAGAGAACAGCCGAUAGGAGGGAGGGACAGUAGGUUAUUAGAAUAUAGAACAGUAAACAGAGAACAGCCGAUAGGAGGGAGGGACAGUAGGUUAUUAGACUAUAGAACAGUAAACAGAGAGAACAGCCGAUAGGAGGGAGGGACAGUAGGUUAUUAGAUUAUAGAACAGUAAACAGAGAACAAGCCGAUAGGAGGGAGGGACAGUAGGUUAUUAGACUAUAGAACAGUAAACAGAGAGAACAGCCGAUAGGAGGGAGGGACAGUAGGUUAUUAGACUAUAGAACAGUAAACAGAGAGAACAGCCGAUAGGAGGGAGGGACAGCAGGUUAUUAGACUAUAGAACAGUAAACAGAGAACAGCCGAUAGGAGGGAGGACAGCAGGUUAUUAGACUAUAGAACAGUACACAGAGAGAACAGCCGAUAGGAGCGAGGGACAGUAGGUUAUUAGACUAUAGAACAGUAAACAGAGAACAGCCGAUAGGAGGGAGGGACAGCAGGUUAUUAGACUAUAGAACAGUAAACAGAGAGAACAGCCGAUAGGAGGGAGGGACAGUAGGUUAUUAGACUAUAGACAGUAAACAGAGAGAACAGGCCGAUAGGAGGGAGGGACCAGUAGUUUAUUAGACUAUAGAACAGUAAACAGAGAGAACACCGAUAGGAGGGAGGGGACAGUAGGUUACUAGACUAUAGAAACAGUAAACAGAGAACAGCCGAUAGAGGGAGGGACAGUAGUUCAUUAGACUAUAGAAACAGUAAACAGAAGAACAGCCGAUAGGAGGGAGGGACCAGUAGGUUAUUAGACUAUAGAACAGUAAACAGAGAGAACAGCCGAUAGGAGGGAGGGACAGUAGGUUAUUAGAUUAUAGAACAGUAAACAGAGAACAGCCGAUAGGAGGGAGGGACAGUAGGUUAUUAGACUAUAGAACAGUAAACCAGAGAACAGCCGAUAGGAGGGAGGGACAGUAGGUUAUUAGACUAUAGAACAGUAAACAGAGAACAAGCCGAUAGGAGGGAGGGACAGUAGGUUAUAGACUAUAGAACAGUAAACAGAGAGAACAGCCGAUAGGAGGGAGGGACAGUAGGUUAUCAGACUAUAGAACAGUAAACAGAGAGAACAGCCGAUAGGAGGGAGGGACAGUAGGUUAUUAGACUAUAGAACAGUAAACAGAGAACAGCCGAUAGGAGUGAAGGACAGUAGGUUAUUAGACUAUAGAACAGUAAACAGAGAGAACAGCCGAUAGGAGGGAGGGACAGCAGGUUAUUAGACUAUAGAACAUAAACAGAGAGAACAGCCGAUAGGAGGGAGGGACAGUAGGUUAUUAGACUAUAGAACAGUAAACAGAGAGAACAGCCGAUAGGAGGGAGGGACAGCAGGUUAUUAGACUAUAGAACAGUAAACAGAGAGAACAGCCGAUAGGAGUGAGGGACAGUAGGUUAUUAGACUAUAGAACAGUAACAGAGAACAGCCGAUAGGAGGGAGGGACGUAGGUUUUUAGACUAUAGAACAGUAAACAGAGAGAACAGCCGAUAGGAGGGAGGGACAGUAGGUUAUUAGACUAUAGAACAGUAAACAGAGAACAGCCGAUAGGAGGGAGGGACAGUAGGUUAUUAGACUAUAGAACAGUAAAACAGAGAACAGCCGAUAGGAGGGAGGGACAGCAGGUUAUUAGACUAUAGAACAGUAAACAGAGAGAACAGCCGAUAGGAGGGAGGGACAGUAGGUUUAUUAGACUAUAGAACAGUAACAAGAGAACAGCCGAUAGGAUGGAGGGACAGCAGGUUAUUAGACUAUAGAACAGUAAACAGAGAACAGCCGAUAGGAGGGAGGGACAGUAGGUUAUUAGACUAUAGAACAGUAAACAGAGAGAACAGCCGAUAGGAGGGAGGGACAGUAGGUUAUUAGACUAUAGAACAGUAAACAGAGAACAGCCGAUAGGAGGGAGGGACAGUAGGUUAUUAGACUAUAGAACAGUAAACAGAGAGAACAGCCGAUAGGAGGGAGGGACAGUAGGUUAUUAGACUAUAGAACAGUAAACAGAGAGAACAGCCGAUAGGAGGGAGGGACAGUAGGUUAUUAGACUAUAGAACAGUAAACAGAGAACAGCCGAUAGGAGGGAGGGACAGUAGGUUAUUAUAUUAAAGUAACCUGAUAGACCUAGUAUUAGUCACAUGUAGUAGAACAUACGUUUACACUUUACGAUAAAGCUACUGUAUGUUAUUCUUCAUGAAUGGUUUUUAGACUCUCGGGCUGAUACAGAGACUCAUCCAUGCUUUUAUUACAAGCAGGCUUGAACACUGUAAUGCUCUCCUGUCUGAUCUACCCAAGAAAGCCAUUGUUUUUCUUCCCUGUAAAGCACACAGUGUUGCAUUCCAUGUCUGAAAUGUGCUGUAUAAAUAAAGUUUGUUUUGAUAGGAUACGUGGGUGUAUGUCGGUGUGUGCGAGUGCGUCUGAGUGGACGCGUACCGUUUGGUCCAGGGUGAUGACCGUGGUCGUGGCGUUGACUUCCUGUCCCAGCAGCAGGGAGGAGUUUAGCCCAUCGGCCGUGACAUUAUCACCGGGCGCCGGGAUACAGGGGGCGUUGGCCAUGCCCACAAUCUGACCCUGGACGGCUGUGCCAAUCACAGUACCCAUAACCUCCACAGUCAUUCCUGAUUGGACGAGAAGAGAGAAGCAUACAGAUGAAACCAACCAAUCUUUCUAUUCUGUCCGAAAAAACAACCAAUGAUCCUCUUGGUGGUCCUCUGUAGCUCAGUUGGUAGAGCAUGGUGCUUGUAACGCCAGGAUAGUGGGUUCGAUUCCUGGGACCACCCAUAAGUAAAACAUAUGCACGCAUGACGAAGUGGCUUUGGAUAAAAGCGUCUGCUAAAUGGCAUAUAUUAUUAUUAAUAUAUUAUUGAUUGAGUAGAUUGUGUCCUAAUAUCCAAACUUGCAGACUACUAGCCGUGGGCACCAUUAACGAUAAUUCAAUGUGAUAUCGAUAUUGUUUGAUAUUGAUAUUGGCAAGACAUAUCAUUAUAUCGGUCUAUCCUUGAGGUUAACCUACACUAUACACUCACUAGCCAGUUUAUUAGGUACACCCAUCUGGAACCGGGUCGGACCCCCCCUUUGCCUACAGAACAGCUUGAAUUCUUCAGGGCAUGGAUUCUACAAAGUGUGGCGUUCAAACGUUGCUCAAUUGGUAUCAAGGGACCUAACGUGUGCCAGGAAAACAUUCCCCACACCAUUACACCACCGCCACCAGCCUGUUCCUUUGGCACCAGGCAGGAUGGGUCCAUGGACUCAUGCUGCAUACUGUGUGCCAAAUCCUGACUCAGCAUGACGCAACAGUUUUUCCACUCAAUUGUCCAGUGUUCGUGAUUGGCGCUUCUUCUUGUUUUUAGCUGAUAGGAAUGGAACCCGGUGUGGUCGUCUGCUGCAAUAGCCCAUCCGUGACAAGGAUCAACAAGUUGUGUGUUCCGAGAUGCCGUUAUUUGUCUGUUUGGGGCCCGCCUGUUAGCUUGCACCAUUCUUGCCAUUCUCCUUCGAGCUCUGUCAUCAACGCGCUGUUUUCACCCAUAGGACUGCCGCUGACUGGAUGUUUUUUUUUUUUUCAUUUGUCGCACCAUUCUCGGUAAACCUUAGACACUGUCGGGCGUGAAAAGUCCAGGAAGGCGGCUGUUUUUGAGAUACUGGAUCUGGCAUGUCAUUGCACCGACGAUCACGCCGCGCUCAAAGUCACACACAAGUCACAGUCGUUUUGCCCAUUCUAACGUUCAAUCGAACAGUAACUGAAUGCCUCGAUGCCUGUCUGCCUGCUCUAUAUAGCGACUCACUGUCUGCCGGAGCGAACCAUUUUCGUGAACGGGGUGGCCACUGAGCGUAUAGGACAGGACGGUUCCUGUAGUUCUAUUUAAUUGCCCGCUGAUGGGCCCAGUGGGUCUCAUUGUAUUCAAACUGGUUCGGUAGGUUUUAGGUCCCAAAGAGCACACACACCUGGCCCAAUGGACAAUCAACAAGCAGUUGCUUGGACUUCACAAAAGCCUUGGAAAUUAACAGAAAAGGAACACAGUUGCAAUCGUAAAAAAAAAUAAAAUAAAAAAAAAAAUGUGCAACUGAUAUCGAUUUUCCAUAUCUUUGCCCUUCAUUACUAUUUAAUAGUCUCUAGGUAGCGAGGUAAGGGUCCAGGUAGAGGGGACUUACUGUAAGCAGUGGCAGAAUCCCUUUCCUUCUGGUCUUCACUGAUGAACAUGGUUAGAGCUGAAUAGGGCACAUGGAAACACUGGAGAGGGAGGGAGAGAGAGACAGAGGAGACAUUGAAAUGAUUGGAUUGUACCGGGUUUGUGUUGCUUUAUACGUGUGGAAUUGUGUGCAGGAUUCCUUUAACUCACCGUCUGGAGGGUCUGGAAGAGGCAGUAGAAGACCAGGUACCAGAUGACCCUCCCGUUCUCAAACGUAGGAACAUACCAGAUAAGGAAAUAACUGACCACUGCUAGAGGAGUAGAGAACAGGAUCCUAGAGAGACAGAGACAGAGAGACAGAGACAGAGACAGAGACAGAGACAGAGACAGAGAGAAAGAAAUAAAGAAAGAAGAAAGAAAGAAGAAGAAAGAAAAGACAAGAAACAGACAGAGAGAAGUUCAAAGACAGACAGACAGGGAGAGAUAGAGAGAGAGAGAGAGAGAUGGAGAGAGAUAGAGAAGAGGGAGCGGGAGAGGGAGAUGGAGAAGGAAGAGAGAGAAGGGGAAGAGAUAUAGAGAGAGAGCGGGAGAAGAGGAGAGGAGAGAGAGAUAGAGAGAUAGAGAGAUAGAGAGAGAGAGAGAGAGAGGGAGCGUGAGAGGGAGAGAGAAGAGAGAGAGAGAGAGAGAGAGAGAAGAGAGAGAGAGAGUGGGAUAGAGAGAGAGAGGGAAGAGAGAGAGAGAGAGAGAGGAGAGAGAGAGAGAGAGAGAGAGAAGAGAGAGGGGGAGAAAGCGAGAGAGAGAAGAGAGAGAGAGAGAGAGUGGGGAGAGAGCGAGGAGAGAAAGAGAGAGGGAAAGAGAGGGGCGGAGAGAGAGAGAAAGGGAAGGGAGAGAGGAGAGAGAGAGAGAGAGAGAGGAUGAGAGGGAGAGAGAUAGAGAGAAGAGGGAUAGAGAGUAGAGAGAGAGAGAGAGAUAUAGAGAGGAGAGAGCGAUGAGGAGAUAGAGAGAGAGAGAGGAUAGAUGCGAGAGAGAGAGAGAGAGAGAGAGGAGCGAGUAGAAGAUCGAGCAGAGAGAGCGGUUCUCGUACGGAGAGAUAUAUCUAGCUAGCGAGUUGUCUCUGCGUCUCUCGAGAUAGAAUGAAGAUCGAGAGUGUGCGAGUAGCCGCUAAUAGCUGAUCUAGAGAGGGCGCGAGCAGAUAUAGGUCGAUCGAGAUAGCGAAGGCGAAUUUAGCUCUCGAUCUCAGGUUGAGCGUCUCGCUCGAAUAUAUCUCGAGAUGAUGCUCUCUAGCGAUAUCUAUCUCUCUCUCCUCUCGCGUCGCUCUCGAGCGAGCCUAGAGAUAGAGCAUAUCUCGCGCGCGACUGAGGAGAAGGCUCUCUCUUUUUCUCCUCCUCGCGCUGCGCUCUCAUAGGAGCGUGUCGCGACGCUAUCGCUAGCGCUCGCUCUCGCGAGAAAGCAGCCUCCUCUCGCUCGCUCUCGCUGAUCGAGCGCGCCUCUCUCGCUCGCUUGGCCUCCCCCCCUGCACCGAUCUCCCGCUCCUCCUCGUCACAUAACCACAGUGUCUGUACUAGACGCAAUCUGAUACUAAUGAAUUAGCUCUCACAUACCUCUCUGGAGUAAAUAAACAAGGCUAUUCCACCCUGCUGACAUUCACAUUUGAGUCUAACGGUUCAGGCCAGUGAUGUGGAUAGGCAAAAAGGCCAAAGUAGUCAAAUAAGGAGACUAGUGUUUUUCUGUAGGGCAGAAAUCGGCCUUGAUAGCUGUGACAACGGUAAUUUCAAAGUUAACUAGAUCGUCAAAUGGAGAGUCAUUUCUUAUUUCUGAAAGGCAAAGAUUACCUUGGGAGAUUGGCCUUGUGACAACGGGUGCAUUUCAAUAGUCAAAAGAGGCGUCCUCAUCUCCUCUCCUUCAGUACCAACCAACGAUCUGAUUAAGGAUAUAAGGAAGGAACUUGUCACACUACAGUUCUAACAGUACUGUCUGUUAUUCCCUCCCCACCAAAGUCCACAGCAUGGGAAGGCCCAGUUCACGACCAGUACAAAAACAGGGCAGGGGAAGUCAUUUCUACCAUUAUCCAGUCAGGGGAAGGGGCAGGUUGCCUUACCAGUAGACAGCGGGGAAGGCAGUUCUACCAUAAAACAUGCAGGGAAGGCAGUUCUACCAGUACACAGGCAGGGCAGGCAGUUCUACCGUACAACAGGCGGGAAGUGCAGUUCGACCAUACAGCAGGCAGGGAAGGCAUUUCUACCAUUACACAGUGCCGGGGAAGGGCAGGUUCUAAACAGUACACAGGCAGGUGAAGGCAGUUCUAACCAUCGCACAGGCAGGGAAGGCAGUUCUACCAUAUACAGGCAGGGGAAGGCAGUUCUAACCAGUAACAGCAGGGGAAGGCAUUCGAACCAGUACAACAGCAGGGAAGGCAAGUUCUAUUCCCAGUAACAGCAGGGGAAAGGCAGUGUCUACAGUACACAGGCCAGGGGAAGGCAGGUCUACUCAGUACAACAGGCAGGGGAAGUCAUUCUUCUACCAGUAAAACAGGCAGGGGAAGGCAUUCUACCAGUACACACAGCAGGGGAAGGCAUUCUGACAAAUACAACAGGCCUGGGAGGCAGUGCUACAGUACACAGGCAGGGAAGGAGUUCUCUACCAGUACAACAUGGCAAGGGUAAGGCAGUUCUAUCCAGUAUACAGGCAGGGGAAGGCAGUUCUACCAGUACGACAGGCAGGGGAAGGCAGUUCUGACCAGUAUACAGGCAGGGGAAGGCAGUUCCACCAGUACACAGGCAGGGGAAAGGCAGUUCUACCAGUAUACAGGCCAGGGGAAGGGCAGUUUCCACCAGUACAACCAGGCAGGGGAAGGCAGGUUCGAACCAGUGAACAGGCAGGGGAAGGCAGUUCUAAACCAGUCCACAGGCAGGGGAAGGCAAGUUCUAACAGUGACACAGGCAGGGGAAGGCGUUCUAACCAAGUCCAACAGGCGGGAAGGCAGUUCUACCAGUAACAGGCAGGGGAAGGCAUUUCUAUCCCAGUAUACAAGGCAGGGAAGGCAGUUCUACCAGUACACAGGCAGGGGAAGGCAGUUCUACUACCAGUCCACAGGCAGGGGAAGGCAGUUCUACCAGUACACAGGCAGGGAAGGCAGUUCUACCAGUACAACCAGGCAGGGGAAGGCAGUUCUACCAGUAUAAGGCAGGGGAAGGCAGUUCUACAAGUGCACAGGCAGGGGAAGCAGUUCUACCAGUACACAGGCAGGGGAGGCAGUGUCUACCCAGUGCACAGGCAGGGGAAGGCAGUUCUACCAGUACAAAGGCAGGGGAAGGCAGUUCUACCAGUACACAGGCAGGGGAAGGCAGUUCUACCAGUAUACAGGCAGGGGAAGGCAGUUCUACCAGUACACAGGCAGGGGAAGGCAGUUCUACCAGUACACAGGCAGGGGAAGGCAGUUCUACCAGUAUACAGGCAGGGGAAGGCAGUUCUACCAGUACACAGGCAGGGGAAGGCAGUUCUACCAGUACACAGGCAGGGGAAGGCAGUUCUACCAGUACACAGGCAGGGGAAGGCAGUUCUACCAGUACACAGGCAGGGGAAGGCAGUUCUACAGGUACUGUCUGUUAUUCCCCACCAGUACACAGGCAGGGGGAGGCAGUUCUACAGGUACUUAGGAAUGAUUAGCCGUUUUUCAGCACUGCCAGUAAGAGAUGAAUGAUGUCACUUUAAAUGUAAUGUGUUAUGUAAGGGCUGUGUGAGAAAAGUGGGUCAGACAGGUGAAGGAUAGGAACAUCCCAUUAUCUUACUCUCCCUGAUGCUUUCUACCUCACUUCCUGUCGCUUGUGUGCAGAUACUCUCCAGUGCACCCCCCUCCUCACACUACACACACACACACACACGCACGCGCACACACACACACACACACUCUCCCCCACAGACAGACACGCACACACACACUCUCCCCCACAGACUCACACACACACACACACUCCCCCACAGACCCACUCUCCCCCACAGAUACCCACACACACUCUCCCCCCACAGAUACCCACAGACACACUCCCCCACAGACACAGACACCCUCCCCCCACAAACACACUCCCUCUCCCCCCACACACACCCACACUCUCCCCCCACAGACACACACUCUCCCCCACAGACAGAGACACUCACACUCCCCCACAGACACACACACACUCUUCCCCCACAGACACACACACUCUUCCCCCACAGACACACUCUUCCCCCACAGACACACACCCACACUCUCCCCACAGACACCCACUCCCCCAAAGACACCCUUUCCCUUGGCACUCCAGUGGAGACAGACCAUGAUUAUGUCAUCCCUGAGUAAAGGGUCACUUUGGGGGAACGGAAGAAUGUAUAUGGUCACUUCCUGUCCCAGUUAUGGACUUCCUGUGGCCUGA